CCCUAAAAACCAUACUUCACACAUCCAAACUCCUACACUAGAACAACAAUAAGAUCCCUCCAAAAACUAAAACCUAACACACCUUUUUGAGAAGACAAACAGUUCGGUGAACUAAAACUUUCAUUCUGCACGAAGUCCGAGAAAGGGCCGAACACACCCCUCUUCGAAAGACAAACAGUUCGGUGCACUAAAACUUUCAUUCUGCACGAAGUCCGAGAAAGGGCCGAACACACCCCUUCUUCGAAAGACAAACAGUUCAGUGCACUAAAGCUUUUAUUCUGCACGAAGUCCGAGAAAGGGCCGAACACACCUUCUUCAAAAGACAGACAAUUCGGUGCACUAAAACCUUCAUUCCGCAUGAAGUCCAAGAAAGGGCCGAACACACUUCCUCCGAAAGACAGACAGUUUAGUGUACUAAAACUUUCAUUCUGCACGAAGUCCAAAAGAAAGGGCCGAACACACACCUUCUCCAAAAGACAGACAGUUCAGUACAUUAAAACUUUUAUUUUGCGCAGAGUUUAGAAAAGGACCGAACAGAACACACCAUCUCUCUUCUAUAAUAAGCACAAGAAAGUCAUCAUAACAACACACAAAAAGUUCCAUUUGCUUUCUCUCCGUCUCCUUAGCCUCUUCUCUUGGGGGACUUCCCUAUUUUUUCUCCCUUUUAUCCUCACUUACAUUCACUUACUAAGUAAAAAAAAUCCAAAAGAAAUUCAAGAAACACUUUCUUGUGCUUCUCCUAAUUAUAUAUAUAUUGUCACCAUCUUUAUAUGUUUUUGUCCCUUAUUAUAUUUGUUUGACUCUUCAUAUGGGAGCUAAUUAAACAUUAUUUUCUACUAGUACUAACUACUUAUAAUUAUAUUUUUCAUUUCAAGAAAACCCUUAUAUUACUUAGUCUAUCUAUCUAGCUUGUUCUAAGUUAUUUUUCUGUCACUUUCUUUAUAUAUAGUAGUAGCAGAUUUUCUUGAAGAUUAUUAGUCAGAAAAAGAGAGAAGACUCUUUUUAGCAAAAGGAAAAAAGGGUGUAAUAGUAUUAUUUCACCAAACAACAAAUAUUCAACAACAAAAUCAGGUCUCUUAAGUGAAGCAAAACAUCAAGGAAAACAACACAAGAAGCUAGCUAUCAUCAAUGUCAUCUUCCUCUUCACUAUCGUCAAAUUCUCCUUGCGCGGCCUGCAAAUUCCUGCGUAGAAAAUGCCAGCCAGAAUGUACGUUCGCGCCCUACUUCCCUCCUGAUCAACCUCAAAAAUUCGCGAAUGUUCAUAAGGUGUUUGGUGCUAGUAAUGUGACCAAAUUGCUUAACGAAUUACAGCCUCAUCAACGUGAAGAUGCUGUAAAUUCGUUAGCAUAUGAAGCUGAUAUGAGGCUACGUGAUCCUGUUUAUGGUUGUGUUGGUGUUAUUUCACUCCUUCAACAUCAACUUAGGCAACUUCAAAUGGACCUUAGUUGUGCUAAAUCUGAACUUUCCAAGUACCAAAACCUAGGAGGUAUUGCUAGUACUACAACUCAUGGACUCUUAGCAGCCGCAGCUGCUGCAGCCGCGAAUCACCACCACCAACAAUUCAACUUCAUGUCUGGAGGUGGUGGUGGCGGUGGCGGUGGUGGGAGAGAUCAUUCCCACCACCUUUACCACCAUCAGUUCUUUCCUCGGGAUCAGCAACAACAACAACAACAACACAUGUUUCGAGCAUUUGAAGGUCAUGGAAGUAACAACUUUGACGCGAGUAGCCUUCUUAUAGGCCAGCUGAGCCAGUUCCAGCAGCCUAGGGCUGCUAGAGCUGAUGGCCGGCGUACGCCGGUAGAUCCAUCUUAGGUAAUUUAGGUUACAUAUGAGUACUUUAUUACAUUAAGCAUGAUGGAAUUAUGAUGGCUAAUACUUGUUAAUUAGCCCAUGCACUAAAGUUUAUUAUCAACUACUAUAACUAUUUUUGAGAGACCUAAUAUUGCGUCAACUUUAAUGUUCUCUAAUGUUUACUAUGAUUUUGUGUGUGUUAUUAAUUAAUCUAAUAUCUUAGACUAUACUUCUU